AUGAGGGAUGAAGUAUCCUGUCCUCCAGAUGGUUUACUCGACUUAUCUGUGUGCCGUAAAAUGGAUGGUAAUAGUCUUCCCAUUUACGCUUCGGCCCCUCACCUGCUAGGAAGUACCGAUGCAGUAUUGUCACGCCUUCAAGGGCUACCGCAGGCCGAUCCGGUCAACGACAAAUCUGUGCUGCGCAUCGAGCCGGUAGUUUAUGUGGAGAUUCAUAGGCCCACUAUGAAUUGA